UUUUAGGAGAAAAAAUAUUUGAUUUUACUCAAGCCAGUUUCCCACAGAUGGUAACGAUUGGUUUCUAGUUAUUUGUUUAUCGUGUCAGAAGCGAAUUGAGAAUACAGUUAUAAUGUAUGGAAAAACUACAAACAAAGUUUAAAACUUGCCAUGAUACUAAAUGUCCUUGGACCAGAAUCUGGCCACUUGGAGUAAGGCCUCUGGUGUGGCUGUGAGAAGGUCUUCCAUUGUGCAUGUGGCAGGGCUCAAGCUGCAUUGGAGUAAGUGGUCUGCGGGUUGCUUUUCUCCACACUUUCGUGUCACGGACUCCACUUUGUGGCCCCAUUUCUUAAGGCUGGCUCUGCAUCUCGUGGUGCCAGAGCAAAGUCAGCUUUAAGUCGCUGGCUUUCCCUGCCUGUUUGGGUGUGGAGCCAGAAUCCAAGGAACUGUUGUUCUCGGAGAGGCUAGUACAGUAAGAGAUCUCUUUUCUCCCCUGCCAAUGGCUGCCUGCAGCUCUCUGAAGAACAUCUGCGAAUAUGAGACUAACAAAGUUGUGCGCUUCCAGAGUAUUUUCUAUGGGAGCCUCAAAUGGGCCAUUCAUACCGUUGUCUUCACAUACGUCAGUGUUGUUCUUAUUGCUGACAAACGCUAUCAGAAGAAGGACAAUGUCAUCAGCUCAGUGCACACCAAAGUGAAAGGGGUGUCUCAGACAGAUAUGAGGAUUUGGGACACAGCGGAAUAUACCAUUCCCAUGCAGGGAAUAAAUUCCUUUUUUGUGGUAACCAAUAUCAUCAUGACAGAAAGCCAGACCCAGGGAGUGUGCCCCGAGUUCCCCAUUGCCAAAGCAAUUUGUUCUACCGACAGAAGUUGCAUGAAAGGUGGCGUGGAUCCCUUAAGUAAUGGAAUCCAGACCGGGAAAUGUGUGCAGUACAAUGCAACAUUGAAAACGUGUGAGGUGAAAGCAUGGUGUCCUGUGGAAUCAAUGAAAAGUGCCCCUGAGCCUGCCAUUCUGAGGAGUGCUGAAAACUUCACCGUCCUCAUCAAAAAUAACAUCCAUUUUCCAAAGUUUAAUUACACAACAAGAAAUAUUUCACCAGAAUUUAAUACUUCCUGCACAUACAAUGAGAGAACGGCUUCUUCCUGUCCCAUUUUCCGGCUAGGAGAUAUCCUCCAGGCAAUUGGAGAGAACUUUUCAGAGGUGGCUGUUCAGGGUGGCAUCAUGGGCAUUGAAAUUAAUUGGGAUUGUAACCUGGAUAAAUGGCGUCACCGUUGUGGACCCAAGUAUGGUUUCCGACGCCUGGAUGACAAGAAAACCAGUGAGGCGUUAUACCCUGGCUACAAUUUUAGAUAUGCUCGGUAUUACAAGCAGGCCAGCGGGAGGGAAGAGAGGACCCUGAUCAAAGCCUAUGGCAUACGCUUCGACAUCCUUGUAUUUGGCAUGGCAGGGCAAUUUGAUUUCUUUGAGCUGCUGGUGUACAUUGGUUCGGCACUGUCCUACUUUGGCCUGGCUCAGCUAACUGUUGAUUUUCUUAUCACAUCCUACUCAUACUCCUGCUGCAAAUAUGACCCAGUGAAGGAGUAUUAUUACAAGAAAAAGUGUGAAUCAGUGCCGGGACCAAGAUGGACUGUGUUGUAUGUGACGUAUGUCGAUGAGCCGCACAUCUUUAUGAUCGACAAAUUGCUGAAGACAAGCCUACAGAAUAUUAAAGGCAAGAUUGUUCAUAGGCAAACAGGCAACUUUAAACUGGGCCCCAAACUCCUCUUGAAACCCCCGAAGGAAGCAAGGUCUCCUGGAGCCCCCCAUGAGCUGCAGCCCCUUCAAAACGAGCGGGUGGCCUCCCCGUCCCGUGAGCGUCCUCCUUGGUGCAGCUGUAGGGAAUGCCGCCCCACGGAGCGCUAUUGGGAGCAGCUCUGCUGCCGAAGGAAGGAUGGGGACUGCAUCGCGGGCUCAGCAUUGUUCGAUCAGCUGGUGCUUUCCAGGCCGAGGCUGGAGUUUAUCCUCCUCUACGCUGACCCUUUGUUGGAUCUGAAGGCCGAUGAUCUCAACAAGCGGCUCCGGCACUGUGCCUACGAGCAGUACAUUCACUGGCGCUUUGGGGAGGAGCUGGAAGAAAGAGCUGUUCUGCCAAGCUGCUGCAGAUGGAAGAUCAGAGAUGCUUUUCCUAGUGAGAAGGGCGAGUACACGGGCUUUAGGAGCCAGCGAAAAACUCUUCACUGAAACUCUGGAGUGUGGUCUUAGCCCAUAUGGGAAUAAAGCAGGUUCCACGGGGAGCCUUGGGCUUGCCAUGAGAGCUUAAGGGCACAAGGAACACCCAACUCCUUCACUCUUGUCCAGCAUUUCAUUCACACAAUAGCCAACUGGUUGCCUGGAGAGUUGGUUGUCUUAUUGCUAAAGAAAUCUGUACACCGUUUCCAGUCUUUCAAAGAGUCUCCAGUUGGUUUCUCCUUUACUUCACUUAGGCAAGUUCUGCAACUUUGACAAUCGGUUCUUCUGUUCCCAAUCUGUCUGUUUCCAUAUUGGAGCCAAUAGCAUUCUUGUCCCUGUUGUCCCACAUUGAAGGAGCCGUCCGUGUUUAUUAUCCAUCCCAACCCCUAGUACUCGAGAAAAAAACAUUUCUGGUGACUUUACAAACGUGGCCUUUCAUUUUUUUAGAAUUAAUGUAUAAAUCUUAGACCAAUAAUUGUUCAUCUUCUUACAUGUCCACUAUGUUGUAAUAAAUAAAUGAGCCCCCCCUCGGGGGUGAGAAGGGUGGGAUAUAAAUGUUGUAAUAAAUGUAUGGAAAAAAAACAGCAUCCCUGACAGUAUUCGCCUAUGUUCUAGCCGAGGGCAUAAACACAUUAUGAAGCUGACACGUCUCAAAAUGUCGAUCUGUAUCAUAGUGUGUGUGGCUUCCGUUAAGGUUCAUCUAGAAUGCUUUCUUUAUAUUUUCUUUUCAUGUCAGUGAAUGCUGGAAUCGGACCUGAUUCUUUGCAUGCUUGCUUGCCAGCUACUGUUCUUUCCUAGUCAGGAACAAAGUAAUUCCUUGUGUUGUGUAUGAGAAAGGAGGAGUGCUUUUCUGAUCCACAUGGCAGCUUUCGCUGGGGAGGCAUCUAUGCCUUUGCAUCUCUUGUUCCUAAGCGGUUUGGAUGAGUUUAUCUUUCAGUAACAUGACUGUGAUAAGCUGAUUUCUUCAGACGGGUAAAAGAUAAAAACUAAACAACACAACCGCUGUUUUGAAGUAUUGAGCUAAGAGAUCAGAGUUUGACUCGCCACUUAGGCAGGUUCCACACUCUCCGCCUCAAACAAAGCCAAUGGUGACAAACCCCUUGUGAAUAAACCUUGCCAAGAAAACCCUUUGAUGAUAGGGUCACCAGAAGAAGUCACUGUUGACUUGGAGGCACAUACAAAGCACAUAAAGCUGAUCCUGGGCUUCAUAUUGCUUAAUUUUGGAGGCUGGUAUAGUAAAGAGCAAGCUACUGUGUGUGUAUAUAUAUAUACAGUAGAGUCUCACUAAUCCAAGCCUUGCUUAUCCAAGCCUCUGGAUAAUCCAAGCCAUUUUUAUAGUCAAUGUUUUCAAAACAUCGUGAUAUUUUGGUGCUAAAUUCAUAAAUACAGUAAUUACAACAUAACAUUACUGCGUAUUGAACUACUUUUUCAGUCAAAUUUGUUGUAUAACAUGAUGUUUUGGUGCUUAAUUUUUAAAAUCAUAACCUAAUUUGAUGUUUAAUAGGCUUUUCCUUAAUUCCUCAUUAUCCAAGAUAUUCGCUUAUCCAAGCUUCUGCCGGCCCGUUUAGCUUGGAUAAGUGAGACUCUACUGUAUAUGUAUGUGACACACAAACAUAUUAUAUAUACACACAUGCACUAACCAAGCUACCUGUUACGUUAAUUUUUUUAACUAACCAAGCAACCUGUAUAUAUUAAUGACUUAGUCACAUCAUUUCUCUGAACUAUUCUUUUGCCAGAAGCACCUAAACAUAUGGCGAAUUGCAAGCUGAUGCUAAAAUGACUGCACUGAUUUACAGCAUUAUAUAUUGCAGGAUACUACUGGCAUCAUUUUGUAUUGGAUAGUACUGAUGUCUUCUUAUAAUAAACAUUCCAUGUAAAAAUAUACUGUUUAAACAAUAAAUUUCCACAUGUCUACAUUUUAAAA